GCGCAGGGGGUGCACGGACACCCCAUAACCUCCCGCCUCGGCCCCCCCUGCACCACCUCAAAACCGAGUUGGAACCGAAGGAGCCUGAGGAAGAAACCGCGGAGAAGGAAGCCGAGAAAGAGAUUGGGAGAUGAUGCAGCAGGACGAGUCAAACUCGCCAGUCUCCCCCGCCGACGACAGCUUGAGCAACAGCGAAGAGGAGCCGGACCGGCAGCAGCUGCCCAACAACAAGAGAGGGGGGCGCAAGCGCCGCUCCAGCCGCCGCAGCGCCGGCGGCGCCGUCGGGGCCGCGGACGAGCCCUGCAGCCCGGCCCAAGGCAAGCGAGGCAAGAAGUGCGGGGCGGGCGGGGGCGGCGGGGGCGGCGGCAGCAGCAGCGGCGGCGGCAGCCCCCAGUCCUACGAGGAGCUGCAGACCCAGCGGGUCAUGGCCAACGUGCGGGAGCGGCAGCGCACGCAGUCGCUGAACGAAGCCUUCGCCGCCCUGCGGAAGAUCAUCCCCACGCUGCCAUCGGACAAGCUGAGCAAGAUCCAGACCCUCAAGCUGGCGGCCAGGUACAUCGACUUCCUCUACCAGGUCUUACAGAGCGACGAGCUGGACUCCAAGAUGGCAAGCUGCAGCUAUGUGGCCCACGAGCGGCUCAGCUACGCCUUCUCCGUCUGGAGAAUGGAGGGCGCCUGGUCCAUGUCCGCAUCCCACUAGCAGGCGGCGUCCCCCACCCGCAUCCCCUCGGCAGGAGCCCUAGAUGACAUUGCUCCCACAGAAGGAGAAAAUGGACAAUCUAGAGACUCUGAAGUUGGAUACGAUUUUUUUUGUCUUAAAAAAAAAUGUACCGAGGAUUUCUUGGAAAUUAGAAGAGCAAUAUCCAAAUUCAAAGCAGGGCGUGGGGAGCACUUAAGGAAUGAGAAAGAGACAAGGGCUUUGGACAGUGACUAUCCUUUGGGCGUCGGUACAAUCCACACAUCUCUGCAUUCUGAUAGAAGUCUGAAUCGAUCAAUUUUUUUAUUAUUAUUUUGACGAAGAAUGUUGGAAUUUAACUUUUUUUUUAUUUUAAUUUGCCUUUUUUUUUUUUUUUGCAUGCAUUCCCAAGAGGUCGUGCCUUUGAGCCACUGAUGAAAGGAAUUAUUGUGGACUUUCUUCAUUCUUGAAUGAAACCAACCAACCAACCAAAAAUAUCCCUGUAGAGAUGAAAACUUUUUUUUUUUUUUUUUUUAGGGGGGAAUAAGCUGGGCUCAAGCUGUUACAUACCCAGUUCCUAACUUUUUUAUUAUUAUUAUUUUUCCUCUGAGAAAAAAAAUAAACAUUUUAUUUAUUUAUUGAUGACCCAUGUUAAAAUGCAAAUAGAUCCGGUGUCUAAAUGCAUUACUAUUUUUAUGAUCGUUUUGUAAAU